ACUAUUACGUUUACUUCUUAACCUUUUUAAAACAGCUGAUCAUAAAAAUUUUAUUUAUUUAAAAUGAAUUCGGUAAUUUUAUUUAAUAUUUCGCGAUUUUUGGCUCAAAAUUUAAAGGUACUGAAACUGCGUCAGAAUUUCAAAGCACAAUUACUGAACAGACUUAGCAUACAAAUAGAUCCUAUAAAUAAUAACGAAAAUAUAAAAAAAUGGAAAAAUGAAAGCAUACAUUUUAACAACGGGCAUGAUAAACGACGUAAAUGGUCCGGUUGUUUAAUGCCUGGGAUGGCAGGUGGCAUUGUCAGUGGUGCCUUCUCGUUCGGAUUUUUCACUAAUUCUAAAGACGAAGAAUUACCUGAAGACAAAUUGAUAAACACAAUAAAAAGAUCAGUAUUAUGCAUACAACGCCAAGAGUUCGAUAAAGCAGAACAAAUGCUCCACUUGGCAUUGAGGAUGGCACAAGAUUUGCAGAGCAAAGAAGGUGUGACAUAUAUUUACGACGUCAUGGCGAACCUUGCUAUGGAAAGAGAACAGUACAAAAAAGCAGAAAAACUGUUUGCUGAUGUUAUGCGGAGAUUGUUCAAUGACGGUUACACGGAGGAUAGCGCCAAGGUAAUGCAUAUUAGCGCCAAAUUGGCACACAUGGCCCAGCUGCAAGGCGAGUUGAAUAAAGCAAUGCAGGGCUUUACAUGGACAUUAAAACGCAUCGAAGAAUAUUUGAAACAAGCACCCAAUGACAAGGACGUGCAAGAACUGCUAGGUCUUACAAAAAAUUGGUUCGGCCAAUUGCAAAUGAAGUUGGGCAAGUAUGCUGAUGCAAAAAAGUCUUUUCAAGAGGCUUAUGAUACUCUAAUCGAAGUAUAUGGAAGAGUGAACGAAGAGGCUAUAACUAUACUGAAUAAUCUCAGUGUAGCGUGCGUCAAUUUGGAAGAGUAUGAACUGGCAAAAAAAUAUUUAACGGAUGCUUUGGAACUGGUGAAGGAACUUAAAGAUACCGCACAGGAAGGUAUACUUCAAGCCAAUUUGGGAUUAAUUUAUUUGCGAGAAGGUUUAAUAACGAAAGCUAAAGAAGCUUGCUCACUAGCUUGGCGCAUUGGCAAAAAAGGCAAAAACUUAGACGCUGUAGAACAGGCUGAAUAUUGUCUGAACGAGAUAAAAACAUUUGUAAAAUGAUAAAAAUGAAAGCCAAUAUCAUUUAAAAGCUGGCAAAAAUUAUUUGUAUGUACGGAGGCUCAAGGCAGUAAAAUAAAAUUGACAA